UCCCACCUCUGUCUCUCCUUCUUUCCCCACAAGCUUAAACCAAUUACGCCGCUUUGCAAAUAAAGUGCCGCCCCGGGGGGAGUUGCAGGCGAGGGGAACUGCCUUGUUUGCAGGUGCAUCUCCGGCUUUGUAGGUGCGAACGCCUUUGUGCGGCGGACAAAUGGGGAGAGGAGGAGGAGGAGGUGGGUACUUCUGCGACGUAAGAUACACAUCAGCUCAACUCCACUCACAUCCCAGCCGGCACUUCCUCACUUUCUCAACUGUCUCGCCCCACACCGCUCCCUGCCUCCUUUUUGGCUGGUUAUAGAGGAGAAUUCAGCACCCCCCGCCCCUCCUGAGAGCUGGUUUCCUGCUAGGUCGGGCUUUCGGGCUCUUUUCCUGCUGCCCGUGGCUCACUUGCAAGAGGGCUGGAUGGUUACACCGGGCAGGUUGGCUCCAUAAUGUUAGGGACUGUGAAAAUGGAAGGGCAUGAAACCAGCGACUGGAACAGCUACUACGCCGACACUCAGGAGGCCUAUUCCUCGGUGCCCGUGAGCAACAUGAACUCGGGGCUGGGCUCCAUGAACACCAUGAACACCUACAUGACCAUGAACACCAUGACGACGAGCGGCAACAUGACCUCCAGCUCCUUCAACAUGUCCUACGCCAACACAGGGCUGGGGGCCGGGCUGAGCCCUGGUGCCGUGGCCGGCAUGCCGGCAGGCUCGGCAGGGCCGGUGAAUGGCAUGCCGGCCAGCGUGGCCGCCAUGGGCACAGCGCUGAGCCCUGGCGGCAUCAAUGCCAUGUCUGCCCAGCCAGCCCCCAUGAACGGGCUGAGCCCCUACGGCGGCAUGAACCCCUGCAUGAGCCCCAUGGCCUACACCCAGUCCAACCUCGGCAGGACGCGGGACGCCAAGACAUUCAAGCGGAGCUACCCCCACGCCAAGCCGCCCUACUCCUACAUCUCCCUCAUCACCAUGGCCAUCCAGCAGGCACCCAGCAAGAUGCUGACGCUGAGCGAGAUCUACCAGUGGAUCAUGGACCUUUUCCCCUACUACCGGCAGAACCAGCAGCGCUGGCAGAACAGCAUCCGCCACUCGCUCUCCUUCAACGACUGCUUCGUCAAGGUGGCCCGCUCCCCUGACAAGCCUGGCAAGGGCUCCUACUGGACCCUGCAUCCCGACUCUGGCAACAUGUUUGAAAACGGCUGCUACCUCCGCCGGCAAAAGCGCUUCAAGUGCGAGAAGCCAGCGAACAGCAAAGCCCCUCAGGAGGGAAGGAAAGAUCAGGCCGGGGCCUCCAGUUCCAGCUCCAACUCCCCCCUGCACAGAGGCCACAAUAAACCGGCGCAGCUGGACACCGCCACCUCCCUCUCUAGCUCCAACCCGUCCACCAGCCCCCAGUCUAUGGACCACAGCGGAUCGAGCACGGAGCUAAAGACCUCGGCCUCGGCCGCCUCCUCCACCAUCAGCUCCGUCCCCGCCUUGGCCUCCGUCCCGCACCCCCCUCACUCCUUAGCCCACGAACCCCAGCUCCACCUCAAGGGCGAUCCCCACUACUCCUUCAACCACCCUUUUUCCAUCAACAACCUCAUGUCCUCCUCGGAGCAGCAGCACAAGCUGGACUUCAAAGCCUACGAGCAGGCGCUGCAAUAUUCCUCCUAUGGGGCCAGCAUCCCCGGUGGGCUGCCCCUGGGCAGCGCUUCCAUGGCAGGCCGGAGCAGCAUUGAGCCCUCGGCCCUAGAGCCUUCCUACUACCAAGGUGUGUAUUCCAGACCCGUGCUAAACACCUCCUAGCUCUGCACCCCCGCCGCCGGGGUGAGCCCCUCUUCCCCCCCCCAAGCCCCUUUCCUGGCUUCUCUCCCCCCUUUCCCUCUCCCUGAGAGAAACCGAGGUGUUUCCGCACGCUGCAUACAAAGGACUGUUACUUUUUAAUUGUCUCGCAACGCGUUGUGUGUUGUUAUGAUCCAGCAUGACCUCCUGCAAAGCCGGCCGCGUCCUGCUUGUACAUACCCCCUCCCAUCUCCCCGUCCCCCCCCGCCCAGCCCCUCUCCCCGGAGAUCCCCUCUAGCCUUUGCAGGGUGUUAUUAAAAAGAAGAAAAAAUUGUUGAGCUUGUAAACUACUUGUUUGUGCUUUCUGCCCCCCUCGUCUCCCCCCUUCUGUGCUCUAUAAUCUCAUGUAAGUUUACAGGUAUGUGGCAAUACUUUAACAAUACGGAGAUGAAGAAGCGAGUAGACAUUUAAGACUUUUUUUAAUUAAAAAGGCUUUGAAGGACAAUACUGCUGUGAAGUAGCAAAACACUAAGAGAAUCUCUAAGCAACAAGAGGACUAUUUACUUUCUCGGAUCAUCCUUUUGAUACUUGCAAAAUAAACCUUCGGCUAGUACAACCCGCAUACACCCAGAUGCUGUGGGCCGGAUCCUGCACUCCCGCGGGGACCAACUGGAGCUUUGGAGUGCAGGAUGCGACCCUUAUUUUUUUCCAAGUGUUACCUGUCUUGGGAUGUAAUAUAAAGUUACAAGAGGUCACAGCCAGUCGGAUUUUUUUUUUUUCCUUCCCAUCUGUUACUGAAGAUUCUCGUUCAUCAGGAACUAUCAUCAACAUUUGGAUGACAUGCUUAUUUAAUUUAAGUGUCUUCAUCGUGUACCAGCUAGAACUGUGUAUCUAUAACAAGGUUAUUUUCUCCCUUCCCCUGGAAACGUUGACUAUUACACCGAUGCAAGGAAAAGAGGAGAGCUCUGUCUCUCUCCCCUUUUCCAACUUGUUUAAUAAAUUCCACAUCCAAUUUUUUUUGUGGCCGUUUAAUUAUCGCCAUCGUCAGCUUGUUUCAUCCAGUGUUAAUGCACUUUCCACAGUUUUACACGGUGUUAGCAUAGCCAGACGGGUUUUAUUAUUAUUCCUGUUCGCUGUCUCAAUGUUCUUAAUUUAUUGCAUGGUUUAUAUUUUUUUUCUUUCUCUACAGCUGGAAAUUGCUUUAAAUGACAGUAAAAAAAGAAUUACACGUGAAUUUAAGAAAUUUUGUUAAUUUUAUAAAUGUGAUUGUAAUUGAAAAAAUAUUUUGAUUUAAAACAAUAACUGAGAAUUUAAUGCGUGAAGUAUGUUUUUGAUCAUUUGCAGUUAAGGACUUUAAAUAAA